GGGCAGCACCAAGGAGGACAGAGGAAGAGCCCCAGGCAGUCACCAUGCUCACUGCACGGACCCUCCUGCUCCUGAUGCUCCUCACUUUCUCCCUGCACCGCACCACAGCCCACUUCACCCCCACCGAGUGCUGCUUCAAGUACGCGCAGAAAGCUGUCCAACAUGUGCGGAGCUUCUACAUGAUGUCCCGCGACUGCUCCUUGCCCGCAGUUGUGAUUGUGGCUGCCACAGGGGACAAGCUCUGCGCCGACCCCAAGAAGCGCUGGGUGAAGAAUGCCAUGAAAAAGCUUCAAAGGAAAAAAUGAAAUCCUCCUUCUGCCAUCCAGCAUCUGACUCACCCAUCCGGUGCCCCGUCUCUGGAGGGAGCAGGCGGCGCCCACGGCUCUUCUCGAAGGGGUCCCAUGGAAGGGGUCCCAUCGUGGUGACCGUCACUGCCACUGGAGCCAGACUGUGCCCCAGCGGGACCAGGUGUCACAGCAGCAUGGAACAGCCGGCCACCAAGUCCCUCCUGCUGCCACUGCCCUGC